GGGCAAAUGGCAUACCCAGAAAAUUUGAGGUGUCAGUCUCGUUCGGUCAGACAAAGGGAUUAAUUCGUAAAAUUGCUCCAGUGAAAUAGUGAAUUUAGGUGAUAAAGAAAGGAUAUUUCAUUCAGAGAUUGUUGUGAAGUGGUUCGUUUGAGUUUUGUGAGUGUAUUAUUGUGCAGGAAAAAGAGGAAACCCAUAAAUUACCUCCACUAUCAGUGAGUUUCUGGAGCUUCUGGAGCGUCCCUAAAAAUUUACAUCACGACACUAUUUUGCUUUUGUCUCUGAUCUGGAGGCCUGUGGAUUUUCCACGGAAUCUCUCUUCUUAUUGGACUAAUCGAUUUAAUUCACUGAUGACGAGUUUGCCAGAGAAAUCGUGAACACAGAUGUCCCACAAAUUGCCACAACGAGAUGACUGAUAAAACUGAAAGGAAUAGUACAAAGUUAAACCUGGAAGCGCAGAGAUUGUCCGCUUUCGAUUUUCUAUUCCCUAAAGGAGACCUUCAGUACCAUUCCGGAAUAAGAUCACUUUCAAAAGGCUGAAGAGAGUCCAUAAUUUUGUGCACAAAUAAAUCAACUUUUGCGUAUCAUCCGGGAAAAAUACUAAAGGUGCAAACAUGACGGAGAAAACCACGAGAUUUGAGAAGAUGUCCAACUUCACCAAGCCCGUACCCAUGAAGUUGUUCGCGGCGUGGGAAGUGGACAGAACACCACCGAAUUGUAUACCAAGAUUAUGCUCCUUGACAAUAACACGUUUGUCACUCCUGUCACCACUUCCAGUGGAUCUGUCCUCUGUAUCACUUGCCGUGAAGAUGCAAAGCUCAAAGAGGACACUGAGAUCCCAUGAGAUUCCCGUGCCACAGUCCGUGUUGACGGCAAAUGCAAGUGGUGCUGUCCUCAGUAGUCCACCACUCCUUGAGACGGAGUUGGAUUUGAAUUUUAGUCUUCAGUAUCCACAUUUCAUAAAGCGCGACGGGAAUCGCUUGUUGAUUCUGCUGCAGCGUCGCAAAAAGUACAAGACACGCACAAUUUUGGGGUAUAAAACCCUUGCAGAGGGGGUGAUUCGUAUGGAUGCGGUGCUGCAGAAAUCAAUGGAUAUGACGGUGGAAUUGAAUGCCACGGGAAAGGGUAGUCGCCCCGGUGUGACACUGGCCACACUCCGAGCAGACAGAGUUUCUUCCAUUCCUGUUGAUCAUGACAAUAAGAAUAACAAUAGUGUAUUACUGACGGAUCGUGUGAAUGAAUACUCCGAUGAAGAUGAGGAAGGUGAAUUUAGUUCAGGAGAGGAGAAUGAUGAUCCCGGUGAUGGGGUUUUGACGGGAUAUGAUGCAAAGAGGGGGUAUGCAAAGAGAGGAAGUAAUUACAGAAAAUUGGAGAGAUCGGAAAAUGAUGGGGAAACCGAAGAUGCACCCAUAGGUCAAAAUCCCGGCGAUAGUGACAGUGAAUUCGAAAAUCUUGGCAAGGAUAAGGGAAAUCGUGCCAAAAUGAGUCGUAAAUUAUUUUUAAAUGAAAAACUCCAAAAAUAUGCUCGAAUGGACUUUUUUCGGCCAUCUGCCGGAAAGGCAACACAUUAUGAACAGACAGACAACUUCCCUGAUGCAACAGAGAAAAUUCUACUGCAACGGAACUUUAAACAGAAAAUUGUGGCCCUACUGAAACGCUUCAAAGUUCCCGACGAAUUAGAUGGUGGAGUUUCGCGGCAUACGGGACGCGGUGAACGUGUGCUGGAUGCAUUGUAUCAGGAGCUGGAAUCACUGUCAUGUGGUGAAGGUGAUGAAUCCGGACCCGAUAUGGAUACCGUAUCCGUGGGCUCCACACCUAAACCAUCUCUACGACCUUUCUUCACAAAUUCAAGAACAAUGCUUCAUGAAAAUUUAAUGGGCGACUAUAAAACUGAAAUGAAGAUUCCACUGGAAAAGAGGGACUCCUUGAAUGCAUCGACAUUACCGCUCGAUAAGAAAAAUUCAAUUCCAGGAGCAGCAGAGAAAAGUGGAGAUUGGCGAAAUGAUAGUUCAGGCAAUGAGGGUGGUGCUGGCAAUACAGAUCCAGAGGCACCCAAUUCUGAUCCCCAGAAUACCGGUUCACCACCACGAAGUGGGGACAAAGAGAGUGCAACCGAUCGGCGUAAUCGUCUCUUCCGGGCUGCCAGUAAUCAGCCGUCGAGCUCAAAAAAGAAGCAUUCCCUGAGCCUGGCGUCGGAGCAGUCACAACCAAAGUCUGCUCUCGAUGCGUGUCUCUCACCAACGAAUGUUGAGCCACGUAAAUCACUUCUGGAUCAAGUUGCACGAACUUUUGCCACAGAUGAGGCCAUUCUGCCUGAUGUUGUGUCACUUGUGGGACCACCUGAGGCACAUCAUGUGGCCCUUACGGCACGUCUUGCCCCACUACUGGCAGCCUCCUUUAGACCCACAUUUGCACCCCACAAUACAGCUGAGGUCAGGGCUGUCUUGCAGGCAUUGAUGAAUAAAAUUCAAAAAUACUGCAAUUCCACGGCAAAACCCCCAACAACAAUAAAGGUGCUUCUCUUGGGCGGGGAUUGGCUUCAGGGAGCUGUAUUGCGUCACUAUGUUGAGCUUCUGGGAGUGAGACCACCUGACUGGGUAAAUCACAUUCGCUUCUACAUUGUUCCUAUUGGAAGUAGUGCCAUAUCGCGGUACCUCAGUGCAGUUGAUGCCACUUAUGGGGCACUAUUUGGCACUGAGGCCUGGCAGCAGCUCUGUGAGCGCGCAAUCGGAUCGGAUCCAGCUCAAUCAAAGAUUGAUGUGAUUGAGGUGACAAAUAGAGUGCAGAGGUAUCUCCAUAGUGCUGGGCCAUGCACACAAAUACCCAUUGCUGAAGCUAUGGUCAAUUAUAGAGAGGAGGACUCGUGCCAGAUUUUUGUUCCAUUUAUUAGCGAUGUUAAAUUAGGAUGCCCAGAGGGACCACAGGUGUCUCUGGAUUUGGAUGAGAGCCUGGGAAUAAUUAGUCAGCAAACAUCGAAUGUUUUAUCGAGCUCACCACCACAGAGUGGACGUAUGUCACCGCCAAUGCCGACAACACCGGCAACACCAUCACAACAGCAACAAGAGAAGGCCGAGAAGGCAGAUAAGGUGGAAAAGAUGGAGAAGUUGCAGAUGCAGCAGAUGCAAAUGCAACCAGAAUCGUACGAGUUGCAAAUUGACUAUUGGCCAGUUGCGUCUCGCUAUUCAGACAAUAAAGAGAAGAAGGAAGAUAAAAAGGGGACGGAUCAGGGCAAAAACAGUAUUAAGAGCACAUUUAGGAAUUUACAGGUUUGGCGACUCCCCCAAAAUCCUAUAACCAGUGAACUACCGUACGGGCUGACGUUGAGCUACGCCACAAAGGAGAAGAAACAGAAAAUAAUGCGUUUGGGUAAGAAGAAGGAGAAGGAUCGUGAUAUGGAGAAGGAACUAUGUGUCGAUGGGAUUUCUCGUUUAAUUUGUUCACCAAAACCAUCCCAUCCAGUCCCAUUGCGUGUCUACAUUGAUGGCACCGAGUGGACAGGUGUGAAAUUUUUCCAGCUCUCCUCACUGUGGCAGACGCAUGUGAAGAAUUUUCCAGUUGGCCUCAUUGGUGCUCCAUUGGCUCCGGCUGAAACCUAGUCACUUUCUCGUUGAUUUUCUUCCCCAAAUAAUACCCCCCAUCCAGGCACUGUGUCAUUCUUCACUUCAUCAAUAAGGUAAGAGAAUGAGACAGAUUGCUGAUGGAUGCUAAAUGACUGCUGAAAGAUGAUAAAAUUAUAUACAAGAUUUAUGUAUGAUUUCAAUGUGAUUCCACAAUUGUAAAGCGUGUGGGAAAGGCAAGAUUUGUGGUUGAAGAAAAGAAGGAGAAUAAUUAUUACCUACAUGAACCUUUUUGCAAUUAAAGGAGCUGAAUGUGUUUUUUUUUAUAUAAAAAUUGUAAUAUUUAAUCAAUUUUUGUGAUUUUAGUAGGAUGCAGAAAAUUGUAAAUUGUUGUUCAUUGAUUAAAUAUCGCGAUUAAAUAGGAUGAAUUAAAAUUUCA